UUUUUUUAGUGGACCGUGCUUUCAUUCAGUUGAUUCGGCUUUCAUGGCGCAACGUUUCCGUGCACUGCUUGAUUUGUGCAAGCGCCGAGGCUUUUUGUAUCAGUCGGCUGAGAUUUACGGAGGACUUCGUGGUGCCUACGAUUACGGUCCUUUGGGGGUGGAAUUGAAAAAGAACAUUUUGAACUCAUGGUGGCGACGACACGUUUACUUUCGCGACGACGUCGUGGGUCUUGACACCUCCAUUAUUACACCUCAUCCUGUACUGAAAGCAUCCGGUCACGUCGACGAAUUCACCGACUUGCUUGUGGAUUGCACGUUGACAAAGGAACGGUUUCGUCCCGAUAAAGCACCCCCGCUCACGUUUAUUGCAGACAAGGAAAACAAAAGCGGCCAUAUUCCAUUGACCGCCCCUGAUAAAGCUACGGCGGUGGCGUGGCAGAAACUCAUCCAAGAACAACUUGCUCCUGGUAUUCUAAUGACUUUGAAAAAUAAUCAAUUGCUGCUGCAAGUGCAAGCAUUGACUCAGCCGGAUGAGCAGGGUCAGGGUGGAAUGAUCGCCUUUGCUACAGAAUCCGGUCAGCCUUUCAACGUCAACUACCACGGCUACGUCGAACCAGAUAGUAACUCGCCCUUUUUGACCGAUAGCCGACCCUUCAACUUGAUGUUCAAGACGUUUCUCGAUCCCAUUGAUCCCAUCGAUCGCGUCAUUCAGACCACCAAAAAUCAUUCUCCCGACAAUUCUUUGCCGCUUCGUGAAGCGGUGGAUGAGGUGCUUCGACCUUCGACGGUGUACCUUCGACCGGAAACCGCGCAAGGGGUGUUUAUCAAUUUUGAACAAGUGGUGCGCACCAUGAAGACCAAGCCGCCUUUUGGGAUUGCUCAGGUGGGCAAAUCAUUCCGCAACGAAAUUCGCUUGGAACAUGGCAUCUUCCGCACGCCCGAAUUUGAGCAGUUGGAACUCGAGUAUUUUGUUGCGCCUUGGGAAUCCCGGCAUUGGUAUAAUUACUGGCGACGACAGCGAUACCAGUGGUGGAUGGAGCUUGCUUCGCAUCCCGACAAUUUCCGGCAACGGGAUCAUUCGGCUAACGAAAUGGCCCACUAUGCCACGGGAUGUACUGACGUGGAGUAUCUGUUCCCAUGGGGAUGGGGCGAAGUGGAAGGCGUGGCGCACCGUGGUAACUACGAUCUCACACAGCAUAUGAACAACAGCAAUGCCAAUUUUGAAGUGAUCGAAGACACGCCGACAAUCUCUGCUGAUGUCGACGGCGAUGUUUCGAUGAUACCCGAGGAGAGGCCGGCACGAUAUGUACCUCAUGUCGUAGAAAGUUCAUGCGGCUUAAACCGAGCCAUGCUGGCUUUCCUCUGUGAUGCGUUCCACGAAGUCCGUGAUGACUCGGGCAAAAACAAGCCGCCUCGCACCGUGCUGAAACUCCAUCCUCGUCUCGCUCCCAUUAAAUGUGCGGUAAUGCCGCUCACCGGAAAACCCGAGUUCAUGUCCAUCACACAAAAAGUCGCCAAAUCCCUCCGACGACAUGGAUGGUAUACAGUGGUAGAAUCCCAAAAACUCAAGAUUGGCAAACGAUAUUACCGACAUGAUGAGAUUGGUACUCCCUGGUGUAUUACCGUGGAUUAUCAGUCGCUGGAAGAUCAUACCGUGACGAUCCGUGACCGUGACACAGGCGAUCAGGAACGCGUGCAUUGGAAAGAAGUGCAGCAUGUCGUGGCCAAAAGACUCAUGGAAGGAGAAGCGGACGAUUUACUAGACUAAUUUUGACCGCCAAUGUAAACUAAAUAACUCGCACUUAACUGUAUACACUAAAUACUACCAAUAAAUCAUACAUUCAAAAAGUCUUUCAUCC